AACCCUUCUUUCCAACAUGAUGAAAAUCUUGAACAAAGUGACCAGUUAAAGCCCAAGAAAAAAAAGAAGGAAAAUGAGAAGCCAGAGAAACAGGUGGUUGGUAUUUUUGAAUUGUUUCGCUAUGCUGAUUGGGUGGAUGUCCUUUUGAUGAUCGCUGGUUUGAUCGCAGCUGUUGCAAAUGGUACUGGAUUGCCGCUUAUGAUCAUUGUCUUCGGAGAGAUGACAAACAGCUUUGUGCUAAGCGGCGUGAAAUCAAAUGUGUCAGAAGAUACUUCAGUGAAUAGUUCCAGCUGUCCAUCAAUUCCAGGCAUAGAUAUAGAAACUGAGAUGACAAAGUUUGCUUACUACUACGUGGGAAUUGGCUGUGCUGUGUUGAUCCUGAGCACCAUCCAAGUAUGGACAUUUUUGAUUGCUGCUACAAGGCAGACAGCAAGGAUCCGGCAGAAGUUCUUUUUUGCGGUGCUGCAUCAGGAGAUGGCUUGGUUUGAUACUAUCCAGAUAGGAACGCUGAACACCAGACUGACAGAUGACAUCAACACCAUCCAUGAAGGCAUCGGAGACAAGAUCUGUAUAUUUGUACAGUUUUUUGCCACAUUUCUGGCAGGGAUUAUUAUAGGAUUCAUCUACGGGUGGAAGCUGACACUGGUGAUUUUGUCAGUCAGCCCUCUGCUUGCUGCCUCAGCAGCAGUUUGGUCAACUCUCCUGGCAUCCCUUACUGCUAAAGAGCUGUCUGCUUAUGCCAAAGCAGGAGCAGUGGCAGAAGAAAUUUUGACAGCAAUCAGGACUGUUGUGGCUUUCAAUGGACAGGAGAAGGCAUUAGCAAAAUACAAUGCUAACUUAGAGAUGGCUAGAAGUGUUGGAGUGAAAAAAUCCAUUACCACCAACACAUCUCUAGGUGUUGCAAAUUUUCUUAUCUUUGGAUCCUAUGCACUUGCAUUUUGGUAUGGAACGAAGCUCACUGCUGAGGACAAAAAUUAUGACAUCGGCCGUGUGUUAAUUGUGUUCUUCUCUGUGCUCGUUGGAACCUUCUCCCUGGGCCAGGCAGCUCCCAACCUGGAGAGUGUGGCUAAUGCACGUGGGGCUGCCUAUGAAGUAUAUCGGAUUAUCAGUAAGAAACGGCUCAUAGAUAGCAGUUCUAAGGAAGGCUACAAACCAGACAAACUCAUAGGAGAAAUUGAAUUCAGAAACAUCCAUUUCAGUUACCCAUCCAGACCUGAUGUUAAAAUCCUCAAAGGUCUAAACUUGAAAGUUCAAACUGGGAAGACCAUUGCUUUAGUUGGUGCCAGUGGCUGUGGGAAAAGCACCACUGUUCAGUUGCUGCAGAGAUUCUACGAUCCUGUCCAGGGAGAAAUUACCUUAGAUGGUCGGGAUAUUCGGACGCUUAAUGUAAGGUGGCUACGAGAAAAUAUCGGUAUUGUGAGCCAGGAGCCUGUUUUGUUUGCAACAACAAUAGCUGAGAACAUUCGCUACGGCCGAGAAGAUAUUUCUGAUGCUGAAAUUGAGCAGGCAGCCAAGGAAGCCAAUGCUUUUGACUUUAUAUCUAGACUGCCUGAUAAAUUUAACACCAUGGUAGGGGAAAGAGGGGCUCAGCUGAGUGGAGGACAGAAGCAGCGAAUAGCUAUUGCCCGUGCCCUAGCAAGAAAUCCCAGGAUUCUUCUUCUGGAUGAAGCUACAUCCGCACUAGACACUCAGAGCGAAUCCAUAGUGCAAGCAGCUCUCGAUAAGGCUCGGACUGGACGUACAACCAUUGUGAUUGCUCACAGACUGUCUACCAUCAGGACAGCUGACACUAUUGCUGGAUUUGAGAAAGGCAUCGUGGUUGAACAAGGAACACACAGUGAACUCAUGUUGCAGAAGGGAGUCUACUACUCUCUUGUAAUGCAGCAGGGUUGUAGCAACAACCUUCAAGGUGACGGGACAUCAGAAGAAAGUGAAGAUACAGGGUCUGAGGAAUAUGAGGAAAAUUACAGAAAUGAUCUUGUGGAGGAGCUGACCCUUCAAGAUCAUUUUGAAGAAUCAGUGAUCUCUGGGAGAGGCAGCAUUCGAAGAAGAUCCACAAAUUUUUGCAUUAAAUAUAUUGGAAGAGUUGUUCGGCGGGAAGAAAACCUCCCUGCUGUGCCUUACUCAAGAAUCCUGGCUCUGAACAAACCUGAGUGGCUGUAUGUACUGCUGGGAGUGAUUGCUGCUGCCAUCUCAGGUGGGGUCCAUCCUGCAUUUGCUGUUAUAUUUGGAAAAAUCAUUGGGGCUUUUCAAGAAACAGAUCCAGAAAAGAGGAAUAAAAACACUUUGGUGCUUUCUUUAAUGUUUCUUUUACUUGGAGUGAUUACCUUAGCAGCACACAUAGUCCAAGGAUUCAUGUUUGGGAAGUCUGGGGAAAUACUAACGAUGAGACUGCGCUCUUUGUCCUUCAGAGCAUUACUUCAGCAGGAGGUUGGGUGGUAUGAUGACCAGAAAAAUGCUGUUGGUGUUCUGCUGACUCGGCUUGCUACAGAUGCUUCCCAAGUCAAAGGGGCAACUGGAAGCCGACUUGGACUGAUGACUAUGACUGUCUUUACCCUUCUGACUGCCGUCAUUAUUGCUUUUGUAUACGGCUGGCAGCUAACGUUGCUUAUCCUGGCCUGCAUUCCUUUCGUUAUUGCUACAAAUGCUGCGAGUGUUAGCUCUGUGUCUGGUCAUGCCGCAAAAGAUCAAAAAGCUUUGGAAGAGGCUGGAAGAAUUUCAACAGAAUCAGUUGAAAGCAUAAGAACGGUAGCUUCGCUGACCAGGGAAGAAGCAUUUUAUGAAAGAUACGUUACUAGUUUGAAGGGUCCAUAUAGAGAUUCUCUGACAAAAGCCCCUUUCUAUGGAUUUACCUACGGAGUAGCCCAGUGUGCAAACUACUUUAUUAACGCAGCAGUCUUCAGAUUUGGAGCAUGGCUCAUUGCCCAUUGUCUGAGCAACUUUGAAAAUGUAUUUAUAGUCUUCUCUUCAGUCAUAUUUGCAGCUAUGAAUGUUGGUCAGUCUGCUUCCCUGGCACCAGAUUAUGGCAAAGCUAAAAUAUCAGCUCAAAGAAUCCUCCAGCUUUUGGACAGAAAACCUCUAGUUGACAGUUAUAGUGAAGAAGGUGAAAAAUUGAGCAAAUUUGAAGGCAACGUUGAAUUCAGAAACAUCCAUUUCGUAUAUCCUACAAGGCCAGAAGUUCAAGUUUUGCGAGGACUCAACGUGAAGGUUAACAAAGGGCAGACUCUGGCGUUAGUAGGAAGCAGCGGCUGUGGCAAAAGCACAACCAUUCAGCUCUUGGAGAGAUUUUACGACCCUGUGGAAGGACAAGUGUUAGUGGAUGGAUUUGAUACCAGAUCUUUGCAUUUACAAUGGAUGAGGUCCAGACUGGGCCUGGUGUCACAGGAGCCCGUUUUGUUUGACUGCAGCAUUGCCGAAAAUAUUCGAUAUGGAGACAACGGUAGGGUGGUUAGUCAGGAGGAAAUUGAAGAUGCAGCUAAAGCAGCAAAUAUUCAUACCUUCAUUGAAAGACUGCCAGAGAAAUAUAAUACGCGGGUGGGUGAGAAAGGGACGCAACUUUCCGGAGGUCAAAAGCAAAGAAUAGCAAUUGCCCGUGCUCUGGUUCGGAAUCCUGCCAUUCUGCUUCUGGAUGAAGCUACCUCUGCUCUUGACACAGAAAGUGAAAAGAUCGUCCAGAAAGCUCUGGAUAAUGCCCGGCAAGGUCGAACCUGCAUCGUCAUUGCUCACCGCCUGACAACCGUACAGACUGCAGACAUCAUCGCAGUGAUCCAGAAUGGCAGGGUGGUUGAGCAGGGCACCCACAGCCAGUUACUGGCAAAGGAAGGACAAUACUAUGCCCUCGUGAAUGCGCAAGUCUCUAAUUAG